UAUCAUUCCGCGUUUAGCCAUGAUACUGGACCGUCGGUUUUGUUUGUUUUUGUUGCUGCUGGUGGUAGCAAGUUACGCCAUUCCUCAUCUGGAGGAUGAACUUCCGACAAAUAGUGGGAGUGUUUUCUUCACUAAGAGAAUUCCAAAAAGCUAUUAUCAACGGUCUAAUUUAGCCGAUUGUCACGCACGGUUUCACGAACGAAGAGUUGACCGAUACCAGACCGCCGUCUUCGGAGGAGUCAAGGCCAAUGAAACGGAGUUCCCACACAUGGCAGUACUAGGAUGGAGUGAUGAGGCAGGACAGGUGCAGUGGCAGUGCGGGGGAUCAUUAAUUACCAAGCGUUUUGUCCUCACAGCUGCCCAUUGCGUUCAAAAUGGAGGCAUAAGUCCUGAUGUGGUUAGAUUAGGCGAUGUUAACCUAGCAUCAACUGAGGAUGAUCAAUACGGCCAGCAGUUUAUGAUCAAAGAGAUAACAAGACAUCCGCAGCAUGUCUUCAAAGAAAAGUAUUACGACCUAGCUUUGGUGGAGUUGGAGAAAGACGUGACAUUAACACCGGGUGUAUGUCCAGCGUGUAUUUGGCCCGAUCAAGUCUACCCCUACGAGUCGUUUGAAGUUGCCGGAUUUGGAGCCACCGGAUUUGCGGAAGAUAACAGUCCAAAUUUAUUGAAAGCCAGAAUCGAACCAGUUGACCAGAACAGUUGUACCACAGCAUUUCCUGCCUCGCGAGGUUUGCCUCGUGGAAUCGUAGACGAUCAGCUGUGUGCCGUUGGGAAAAAUAGCGACACCUGUCCUGGAGAUUCUGGGGGCCCUUUACAGACAACACUUCACACGUAUCAUCACAAGGUCGCAACUCUUGUAGGAAUCACGUCGUUCGGUAGCGCUUGUGGAUUGGGAUCCUUCGGAGUUUACCAGAAAAUAGCACCUUACGUAGCGUGGAUGGAAUCGGUUGUUGGAGAACCGUUGGAUCCUUUGUCUUGUGUCAAAAACUACGAAUCUUACCUUGCUCAAGAGCAAAUCGGUAACGAGUAUGAAGCCGUUGAUACCUAUUACAGUCGAGUUUACCUGCACUGGCGAAAUGAACAGGAUUCUCCAUCCUGUGGUGGAACUUUAAUCGAUUACAAUACUGUUGUGACAUCGGCCCAUUGCACUUUCAACUCCCGUGGUGAACAACCCUCACAUGUUUCGAUCAUUGGACAAAAAACUCAAAUCAUCAAGAUUCAACGGCAUCCAAAAUUUGAGUUUGGCAGUUUCUACAACGACAUCGCGUUGGUACGUCUUGGAAAGUUCUUAAGAAAAACCGAAAUUGUGGUCCCAACAUGUUUACCCUAUCGCAGCGUUUUCGAUUCUCACGUACCUCAAAACAAAUCUGCCUCAAUAAGGCUACCAAAAUCCGGAAUAUCCCCAAAACAACAAAUCUAUCUGGGAGUUAAAGGCGACUGCAACAACGAAUACAUAGCCAAACUGCCAAGGUAUGCUGAAAAACUUCCCCGAGGUUUGGGCAAAUCUCUUCGAUGUUACGAAGUCGAUUACGAACUGGUUCCGGGAAUAGCUGAGAUAGACAAGGGAGGUCCACUGCUCAGUGGAGAUGAAUCCGUAAUCUACGGACUCAACGUGUACGGUGAAGAUGGCGGCUCAUACAACCCGUUGAUAACCAUAGGACUGGAACGUUACAUUCCGUGGAUUGAACAGUUCGUGUUGGAGCGAUACAACUAUCCGGCACAUGAUUCUGAUUCGGUUGAAUUUCAAGAAACCGCGCUGUAUGAAGGAAGCCGUUGCAUGACCAACGAUAGGCGGAAUGGGAAAUGUCGCUUCGCGGCUCAGUGUCGCUGGGAGAUAGAACGGUACAAGUAUGGUUUGGUGCGACCGAUGAUGUGCGGAUAUCAGGAUCAUAAGGUCGUCAUUUGUUGCCCUCGACGGUAAUUAAGAGACGGGGACUUCAGGGUAGUUUUGAUCGGAUCCUAAUUAAAACAUCGGCUCUAUAAAAUGAAACUUAACAUUGUUAGUAAAAAUAAACGAAAAAAGCAAAAUGGA